AUGAUGCCGAGGACAGCUUCUCAAUGGAUCCAGUGCUACUUCAUGACCGAAUCAAGUACAACAUGCGAAAGUCUUUGGAUCUUGAUGACGACGGCUGUUACCUCCAACCUGGGAAAAAGGAAAGCAUUGAGGAGUGUGGCUUCAAUACCACAGUCAAGACCAUUCUGAUCAUCCACGGCUGGACGAUGAGUGGGAUGUUUGAGAGCUGGAUGCACAAGCUGGUGGCUGCUGUUCAGAGACGAGAGUCGGAGGCUAAUGUGGUGGUGGUCGACUGGCUGGGCCUGGCCCACCAGCUUUACCCUGAUGCCGUCAACCAUACCCACCGGGUUGGGCAGAGCAUUGCAACCCUUUUGGACUGGCUCCAGGAAGAAGUGCAGCUACAACUUGAGGAUGUGCAUAUGAUUGGAUACAGUCUUGGUGCUCAUGUUGCUGGAUAUGCUGGAACCUUUGUAAAAGGAAUUGGACGUAUAACAGGUUUAGACCCAGCUGGCCCCAUGUUCGAGGGGGCAGAGUCCCACAAGAGGCUUUCUCCAGAUGAUGCGAGCUUUGUUGACGUCCUGCACACAUACACACGGGGAGCUUUGGGCGUCAGUAUUGGGAUCCAGGAACCUAUUGGGCACAUUGAUAUUUAUCCGAAUGGUGGGGAUGUACAGCCAGGCUGUUCCUUAGGAGAUGUGCUGUCCACUGCUGCUGCAGGAAACUUUGUGGAAGUCAUGAAGUGUGAACAUGAGCGGGCAGUGCAUCUCUUCGUGGACUCCCUCAUGAACAAGGACCACAUGAGCUACGCUUUUCAAUGUACCGGCCCUGAUCGUUUCAAGAAGGGCAUUUGCUUGAGCUGCAGGAAGAACCGCUGCAACAGCAUCGGUUACAACGCCAAGAAAAUGCGCAAGAGGAGAAACUUCAGCAAAAUGUACCUGAAGACUCGCGCAGACACACCUUUUGGCGGUUACCACUAUCAGAUGAAGAUGCAUGUGUUCGACAGGAAGAGCGCAGAUGAUGCAGAUCCUACUUUCUACGUCAAACUAUAUGGGUCCCAUGAUGAUACCGAUAACCUCAGUGUAGAAAUUGCUGAUGGAGUUGGUCUAAACCUCACAAACACAUUUCUCGUCUUCACGGAAGAGGACAUUGGUGAUCUGCUGAAGAUUUCUCUUCGCUGGGAAGGCCCUUCUGAUUCCUGGUCAUCUGUGUUGAAACACCUCAAGUCAUCAUUCUGGUCAUGGUCAAGUUCACAGAACAAAAAAGUUCUGGAGGUUCGAAGGAUCCGAGUCAAAGCAGGAGAAACGCAGAAGAAGUUCACCUUCUGUGCUGCAAAGACUGAGAUAUCGCCUGGGCAAGAAGUUACAUUUCUUAAAUGCCGUGAUGGCUGGGAAGUGAAACCUAGAAAGCGAUUGCACUACUGAGAGGAAGCGCUGUUAGCUAGGGACCCAAGGCGGCGAAGGGCCUGAGCACUUUUAUUUGUUUUGGUACACAUUUGGUGGGAUAAUGCACCAUAUUUGUUUGGGUGGGUAGAACACAACUUGUGCUGCUCAAAUGGCCAGCUCGGAUAGGUGAUGAUGACUGGUUACUGGACUUGCUCAGGGCAUUUUUGUCUACCGUUGGGAAGUUCUGAAUUGUUUGAGAUUCUUUUGAUACUAUUUGUAUGUUUUCUACUGUUGCGUUCAACAUGUCCGUUUUGUGGAUCUCAGACUUUUCCUUAACAACGCAAUACUCGUUAUAUAUAUUUUUGUACGUUUUUAAUUUAUGAAG